AAAUUUUUAGUUACUCUUUGUAGUUUUUUUUUUCUAUAUUUUAUGUGUCUAUCAAGAUUGUUCAGCGCUACUAAGGUAGCGCUGCAAGGCGCUGCAACGCCAAGUUUCUUGACUUCGAGACGGAAGCCAAAGCCCGAGCCCCUGUUUCGGGUGCCUGCACGCCAGAUCUUCGGCCUAGUUCCUCCGAACCAGUACGAAAAUAAUAUUAUACCGAAGAGGCUUCAUAUCGGCUACGCAUUGCUGCACUAUUGGGAGACCAUUCCACUGUUCUUAUGCGUGGCUUUUGAUAUUAUCUUCGUCCUGGGCUAUGUUGGAUUAUACGGAAGCAUAAUGCACAGGGUAGACACCCAGUUCACGAAGCACUGCUGGAACAGUAUCUCGAGAAAUAUGGAUCUACGGAACCCCACAAUCCACAAGUUCCUUGUGCUUUACCAACGCUACGAACCCUGGCCCGAGAUGCAGAAUGUUCUGGACAAAAUGACACAGGCUGAACACCGUUUGCUGAUGCGCAUGAACAGCUGCGCGACUCCCUAGGCCUUAAAUACCUGCGGGCCUACCGCGAACCACGUUCGACGUGUUGCCUCCCUGUCAUGUGUACGAAUUUACAAGUGCGACAGAAAGACGUGAUUCGCGAUAGGAUCUCUGGACUUUUUUUAUACCUAGACCCUUCCUUUGCUGGUAUUAACAUAUGUCAAUUUGUACUGUACAGUGUUCUUUGGUGUAUAUAGUUUAAGUGAACUCAAUUGUGUCAAUACAUAUUAAUGCAAAAUUGUAGGUU